AUGGCGCUUCAACCAGGGACGCAGUCGCUGCCUCCGCCCGAUCUACCCAAGCUCGUUGCCGAGCAGAACCAGCCCAUCCCGAGCAGCGACAAAGACACGCAGCGCCUGAUUGUCGUGCUGUGCAGCGCGACCCUAGAGACGUACAAGGCAUCGCACAGCGUUGGUCGCGGCGGCGCCGGCCGCGAAGACAAGUUCAACUUGCUCAACAGCGACGAUCACAUUGGCGUCAUGCGCAAAAUGGGCCGCGACAUCAGCGAGGCCCGGCCCGACAUCACCCACCAGUGCCUGCUCACCCUGCUCGACUCGCCCAUCAACAAAGCGGGCAAGCUGCAGAUCUAUAUCCAGACGGCCCGCGGCGUGCUCAUCGAGGUCAACCCCACCGUGCGCAUACCCCGCACCUUCAAGCGCUUUGCGGGUUUGAUGGUCCAGUUGCUCCAUCGCCACCAGAUCCGCUCCACCACUUCCAAUGAGAAGCUUAUCCAGGUCAUCAAGAACCCCAUCACGGACCACCUUCCGCCCAACUGUCGCAAGGUCACCCUCAGCUUCGACUCAGAGGUCGUGCGCGUACGCGACUACAUCCAGGGCCUUCACACCGACGAGAGCAUCGCAGUCUUCAUCGGUGCCAUGGCAAAGGGUAGCGACGACUUUGCCGACAGCAUCAAGGACGACAGCAUCGCUAUCAGCCAGUUCAACCUCAGUGCCAGCGUUGCCUGCAGCAAAUUCUGCCACGCUGCUGAGGAUGUCUGGGGCAUCAUCUAA